AUGUUGACCAUUAAGAGGGUUGCCACUGUGGUUUCCAAUUACCAGGAAGAUGAUUCUGAUAAGGGUUCCUUAGGCUGUGGCCGUAACUGCCUUUCCUCCUGCUGCUUACCUGUGUCAAAGCUUCCACUUUAUAUGUUCAAGAAAGAUGGGGAUGUUCCUGUGGAAGACGGGAUUGUGGAAUCAUCGGAGGAUGUUUCUGAAAUAUCAUUUCUCCACAAUUUGUUGCUUGGACAAUGGGAGGAUAGAAUGAACAGGGGACUUUUCAGGUAUGAUGUGGCCAAUUGCGAGACAAAGAUCAUUCUUGGGCAACAUGGAUUCAUUGCUCAGCUGAAUGAAGGGCGCCACAUGAAGAAACGGCCAACUGAGUUCCGAGUGGAUCAGGUUCUUCAGGCCUUUGAUGAAAGCAAGUUUAAUUUCACAAAAGUUGGACAGGAAGAGGUGCUGUUCAUGUUUAAGCAGAGCGAUGACAACAAGAGUCAUUUUAUGUCCAAUGCACAGGUUGACAAGAUAUCAGGAUCUCCCAAUGUUGUUGCAAUAAAUGUGAGCCCAAUUGAGCAUGGACAUGUGCUUUUGAUUCCUCGUGUCCUUGAUUGCUUACCUCAGAGGAUUGAUCAUGACAGCUUCCAGCUUGCAAUGAAUAUGGCUAAAGAAGCUGCAGAUCCCUUUUUCAGAUUGGGUUAUAAUAGCUUGGGUGCUUUUGCCACUAUCAAUCAUCUACACUUCCAAGCUUAUUACCUGGCAGCACCCUUCCCAGUUGAGAAGGCUCAAAGGCAGAUAAUAGCAGGAGAUAAGGGGCAUUGUCCACAAGGAGUUUCUGUUUCUCAGCUCUUGAACUAUCCAGUUCGAGGACUUGUUUUUGAAGGUGGAAAUAACAUACGAGAUCUAUCUGAUACUGUUGCUAACUCCCUUGUUUUUCUUCAGAAUAAUAACAUCCCUUUCAAUGUUCUCAUCUCUGACUGUGGGAAGAAGAUAUAUCUAUUUCCCCAGUGCUUUGCGGAGAGACAAGCACUUGGAGAAGUAAGCCAAGAGAUCCUUAAAGCUCAAGUGAAUCCAGCAGUGUGGGAGAUUAGUGGACACAUAGUGCUAAAGAGAAGGGUGGAUUAUGAUGAAGCAUCUGAAGCAUACGCAUGGAAACUUCUUGCUGAGGUUUCAUUAUCAGAAGAGAGGUUCCAAGAGGUGAAGGGUUAUAUUCUCGAUGCUGCAGGGUUGCAUGAAAUAGAUAUAGAAGAGAAUCACAUGAUCAAGGAAGAAUUGGUUCAGAAUUAUGAACCAACUACUCCUCAAGCAGCCUCACAACAACUACCUCGAGAUUGCUUGGUUCAACAAUAA